AUGUCGUCCGCCGCGGGAGGGUACGGCGCCGGGGCGGGGAGCGGCACCGAGCCCCACUGCCACGGCCGCGGCCACGGCGACUUCCCGCUUCACCACCAUGCACAGCACGUGGCCGCGCAGCAGCUCUACCACGUCCCGCAGCACAGCCGCCGCGAGAAGCUGCGGUUCCCGCCGGACGACUCGCCACCGCACGCCUCCGCUUCCGGCCCGCAGCACCAGAACCACCACCACCACCAGCAGCACGCCGGGGCGGGGUGGCCGCCGCCUCCGCCGGGGUUCUACUCCUACGCGACCUCCUCCACGUCGUCCUACUCCCCGCACAGCCCCACGCUGGCGGGGCAGGCGCAGCUCGUCGUGGCGCCGCACGGCCACGGCCUCGCCGCGCCGCUCUCGUCGCAGAUCCCGACGCAGAACUUCGCGCUCUCGCUCUCCUCCUCGUCCUCGAACCCGCCGCCCGCGCAGGCGAGGAGGACGCUCGCCGCGCCCUCGGGGCCGUUCGGGCCCUUCACCGGCUACGCGGCGGUGCUCGGCCGGUCCCGGUUCCUCGCCCCCGCGGAGAAGCUGCUAGAGGAGAUCUGCGACGUGGGAGGCGCUGCCCCGCGCGUGGACCGGAGCGCCUCCGACGAGGGCCUGCUCGACGCGGAUCCGAUGGAGGGCAUCGAUCACGACAUGGACGGCGCCGACCGCGCCGCCUCCGACGCUGGGCCGAUCUCCGGCGCCGAGCAGCAGUGGAAGAAGACCAGGCUCAUCUCCAUGAUGGAAGAGGUUUGCAAGAGGUACCGACUGUACUACCAGCAGGUCCAGACUGUGAUCAACUCGUUCGAGACGGUCGCAGGGUUCAGCAACGCCGCUCCGUUCGCGGCCAUGGCGCUGAGGGCCAUGGCGAAGCAUUUCAAGUGCCUCAAGGGCAUGAUACUGAGCCAGCUGAGGAAUGCGUCCAAGGCUGCUGCCAGCAAAGAGGGAUUCAGCAAGGACAUCGCCAUGUUCGGGCUCGCCAGCGGCAGUGCCGCCGCCCUCCAGAGAGCAAGCAGCGUGGCUGCGUUCGGCCAGCCGCACAACAUCUGGCGGCCGCAGCGUGGGCUCCCAGAGCGAGCCGUCUCCGUGCUUCGUGCUUGGCUGUUCGAACACUUCCUGCAUCCAUAUCCAACUGAUGGUGACAAGCAAAUGCUAGCUAAACAGACGGGUUUAACACGGAACCAGGUAUCGAAUUGGUUUAUCAAUGCAAGAGUCCGGCUGUGGAAACCGAUGGUGGAAGAAAUCCACAACCUCGAGAUGAGGCAGGUCCACAAGCAUCCAGCCCUUGACAAGAGCCAGCGCGCUAUGCAUCACCAGACCCAGCAUUCUUCUGAGAGCAGCGGGAAGCCCUCCGAUCCUUCCGACUCCCAGCUCGGCCAAAGCAGCAGCAUCACUCGGAACCACGCCAUCCCUGCUUCUCAGGGCUUCCCGGAUGAGCUCUCCCAGAUGUCCCACUCCAUCCAGCAGGGGCAGGUCACUUUCGCAUACAAUGGCCUGUCGACGCCGCAGCAUCAGCACAGCCUCGCGUCAUCGCAGCACCACCAGCAGCUCGGAUCAAUGAGCGGCAUCGGCGGGGCGGGGAACGGUGGUGUGUCCCUCACCCUCGGCCUCCACCAGAACAACAGGGUGUGCAUCGCCGAGCCGCUCCCGGCGUCCCUCCCGCCCAACCUCGCCCACCGUUUCGGGCUGGAGGAGGUCAGUGAUGCCUACAUGAUGGGUUCGUUCGGAGGCCAGGACCGGCAUUUCGGCAAGGAGAUGGGUGGCCAUUUGGUGCAUGAUUUUGUUGGCUGAUAUGGCUGCUAAUGCUAUUGCUGCUGCUGCAUCUGUCAGUUUGCUGAUGGUGCAUAACCUUGUAUUGUACCGCUACUAGUAUGUUAGAAUGGUAUAUAAGUGGAUCACUUGGUGGCUUUGGCGUGAUCAGUUUGAAUCAAUUUCUUUGGAGGGUGGAGAAAGAAACAUUGCUGACUUGGUGAGCCCCUGUAGAUCGAGGUGUGCUGUCAAAUAUUUGACUUGUUGGGCUAAUAGAGAGCAUGAGAAUACCUUCCCAAGUUGCCAAUACACGUUUGCUCUGAGAUGAGAUUUUAUAAAUAUGGUGAGACGUUGUUGC